GGCAAGUUUCCCAUUGCGCUCACUAACACAUGUGAGUAGAGCAUGCGAAUAUGGACUACUCUGGGAAAUGGAGUGGUUUACCCACUGCUCCGAGCCUAAAACACCUCACAGAGGCAGGAUAUGGGUUUCCUAAAGAGAAACAGCAUGAAGCCGUGCAGGAUCUGGUGAAAGCGCACAUCGAGUCGUUUGAUCAAGCGGUUACUGAUGGACUGUGCCGAGUGGUUCAGGCCAUUCCUCCUCUGGAGUUCCUGCACAAGGAGGACAGAAUCAGCCUAUCGUUUGUGGAGGCUGCUAUCCACAACCCCACCGUGGCCAAAGGAGGAAUCUGCAAGGAUCUCCGUGUCUAUCCUGCCGAGUGUAGAGGAAGGAGGUGCACAUAUAGAGGAAAGCUAGUGGCGGAUGUCAGUUGGUCAGUCAAUGGGGUCCCUAAAGGAAUUAUUAAGCAGUCAUUGGGACAGGUGCCCAUCAUGGUGAAGUCCAAACUGUGUAAUCUCCAUGGCCUCUCACCUAAAGAGCUAAUCGAGCACCAUGAAGAAGCAGAGGAAAUGGGAGGCUACUUCAUAGUGAACGGCAUCGAGAAAGUGAUCCGCAUGCUUAUCAUGCCGAGGAGGAACUACCCCAUCGCUUUGUCAAGACCAAAGUUUAAAAGUAGAGGUCAAGGCUACACUCAGUACGGAAUUUCAGUGCAUUGCGUGAGAGAUGAACAUACAUCCAUUAACAUGAACCUUCACUACCUGGACAAUGGAACGGUCAUGCUCAACUUCAUUUAUCAUAAAGAGCUGUUUUUCCUUCCUCUGGGCUUUGCUCUUAAGGCCCUAGUGGACUUCUCAGACUACCAGAUCUACCAGGAACUGAUAAAGGGCAGAGAGGAGAACUCCUUCUUUAAGAGCUGUGUGUCAGAGAUGCUGCGCUUGGUGAUGGAGGAGGGCUGCACUACCAGAGUGAAGGUGCUCGACUAUCUGGGAGAACGCUUUCGGGUCAAGCUGAACUUGCCAGAGUGGUACACAAAUGAGCAGUGUGCUAAAUUUCUUCUGGACGAGUGUCUGUGCAUUCACUUGAAGUCUGACACUGAGAAGUUCUACAUGCUUUGCCUGAUGACACGAAAGCUGUUUGCCUUUGCCAAACAGGAGUGUAUGGAGGAGAAUCCAGACAGUCUGAUGUGUCAGGAGGUCCUCACGCCAGGACAGCUUUAUCUCAUGUUCCUGAAGGAGAAAAUGACUGGCUGGCUGGUGUCUGUGAAACUGGCCUUGGAUAAGAGGAGCCAGAGAGUCGGGGGACUGACCUCAGAUAACCUGGCUAAAAUUUUCAACAUGGGCACUGACCUUACCAAAGCCUUUGAGUACCUGCUUGCUACAGGCAACCUCGUCUCCAAGACAGGUCUGGGUAUGCUGCAGGCCAGUGGUCUGUGCGUGGUGGCUGACAAGCUCAACUUUAUUCGCUAUUUGUCCCACUUCCGGUGUGUGCACAGAGGAGCGGCCUUCGCCAAGAUGAGGACCACAGCAGUGAGAAAGCUGUUACCCGAGUCCUGGGGCUUCCUGUGUCCUGUGCACACACCUGAUGGAGCACCAUGCGGUCUGAUGAACCACCUCACGGCCCACUGUGAGAUUGUGGCUCCUGUUCACCCCACUACUACGCUCCCUGCCCUGCUCUGCUCACUAGGUGUUACUCCAGUGGAUGGAACUCCUGGUCAGCCAUACUCCUGCUGCUACCCUGUUAUACUGGAUGGCACCAUGAUCGGCUGGGUUGAGAAAGAUCUCGCACCCUCUCUGGUUGAAUCUCUCCGCAGGUUCAAGGUGCUAAGGGAGAAAAAGAUUCCUCCAUGGACUGAAAUUGUGCUAGUUCCUCAAACGGGUAAAGCAAGCUUGUACCCAAGCCUGUACCUGUUCACCACACCAUGCCGCAUGGUGCGACCAGUCCGCAACCUCACCCUGGGCAAAGAGGAGCUCAUUGGCACCUUCGAACAGCUUUACCUUAACGUGGGGAUAUUUGAGGAUGAGAUAGAGCAUGGUGUCACCACCCAUCAGGAGCUCUUCCCCCAUAGCAUGCUCAGUGUGGUGGCCAGCUUCAUCCCCUUCUCAGACCAUAACCAGAGUCCUAGGAACAUGUACCAGUGCCAGAUGGGUAAACAGACUAUGGGUUUCCCACUGCACUCUUAUCAGGAUCGCUCAGAUAAUAAGCUUUACCGCUUACAGACCCCCCAGAGUCCUCUGGUCCGUCCUCUCAUGUACGACCACUACAACAUAGACAACUACCCCAUUGGCACAAACGCUAUAGUGGCUGUGAUCUCCUAUACAGGCUAUGACAUGGAAGAUGCCAUGAUCGUGAACAAGUCAUCAUGGGAGCGUGGUUUUGCCCAUGGCUCUGUCUAUAAGACUGAGAUAGUGGACCUGUCGGAGAAGGCCAAAGGUGAGGACGGUGUGGUGUUUGGGAUUAAACCAGGUGACCCUAAAGUGUCUGGCAGGCUGGAUGCAGAUGGAUUGCCACCUAUAGGAACCAAGCUGAAUUAUGGAGAUCCUUUUUACAGCUACAUCAACCUCAACACAGGCCAGAGCCAUGUUACCUUCUACAAGAGUCAGGAGAGUUGUGUGGUGGACAACAUUAAAGCGUGCAGCAAUGACGCAGGAACAGGCCGCUUCAAGCGUGUGUGCAUUACUAUGCGAGUACCACGCAACCCCACCAUCGGAGACAAGUUUGCCAGCAGACAUGGUCAGAAGGGUAUCCUGAGUCGCCUGUGGCCGGCUGAGGACAUGCCUUUCAGCGAGAGUGGCAUGACCCCUGACAUCCUGUUCAACCCACACGGCUUUCCGUCACGUAUGACCAUCGGUAUGCUGAUCGAGAGCAUGGCGGGCAAAUCGGCAGCGUUGCACGGCCUUUGCCAUGAUGCCACACCGUUCACCUUCUCUGAGCACAACUCAGCCCUUGAGCACUUUGGUACCAUGCUGAAGGCGGCAGGUUACAAUUAUUACGGCACUGAGCGCCUUUACUCAGGACUGAGUGGACUGGAGCUGGAGGCUGACAUCUUUGUAGGUGUGGUUUAUUACCAGCGUCUGCGCCACAUGGUCUCUGACAAGUUCCAGGUGAGGACGACGGGAGCGAGGGACAAAGUGACGAAUCAGCCACUUGGAGGGAGGAACGUGCAAGGUGGCAUCCGCUUCGGAGAGAUGGAACGUGAUGCCCUGCUGGCACAUGGCUCGUCCUUCCUGCUGCAUGAUCGCCUGUUUAACUGCUCAGAUCGAUCCGUGACUCAGGUGUGUGUGCGCUGUGGCAGUUUGCUGUCUCCACUGCUGGAGAAGCCGCCUCCACACUGGUCAGCCACACGCCAUCGGAACACUAUCUGCUCACUGUGCAAGAAGAGUGACGCCAUUGACACAGUGGCUGUCCCCUACGUGUUCCGCUACUUCGUGGCUGAACUGGCGGCAAUGAACAUUAAAAUUAAACUAGAUGUGAAGUAGAUUUACUGUCUGUAUUUAUACAUGCAGCACCAAUUAUUAUGCUCAUGGAUCAUAAUUUCCGAAUAUUGCUCGUCACACUUGUCAUGUGAAGACAAUAUACUUGUCAACAUUGGUAACUGAUAUAAUGCUAUUUUUAUAUUGAGACACUGUUGUAUAUGUUAUGUUUUUUUUCAUGAAUUGUUUAAAACAGACAUUCAGAACUUAAACACAGCAAAGUGCCUAUAAGAGGGUUUUUUCUUUUUGUACAAAAUAGAUAGGAAAUAUGAAAAAGGCUCGUCUUACAUCAUGGCGUUAGUCACAUCUAUCAGUGGCCCCAGAGUCAAGUGGAUGCUGGUUUUGUCAAAUCACUUAAACGA